AUGUUGUUGUAUCCGAGGAACUCAUCGGAAGAUUACUGCAGCAGUCUUAAGCUUAACAUUGAUGCCACUGAGCCUACAAGGUACUUCUUGUAUUCCAAUGUGGCUAAAUGUGAGUAUCGGUUUCUGAGCAGUUUUAAAAAUCUAAGAUGUGAAUGUGGUAGUGUUUUGGAUCGUUUCGUUUCAGUGGAAAGUGACAAAGUAUGCAACGGAUUUGUUAAGGAUAGUCCAAAUUUUAUAGUAACUGAUGAUCUAACUGUGUUGCCUAAUUCAAUGGAUGCAAAUUUUGGUCUCCUGAAGAGGUUUGGGAUAAAAAGCACUAGUUUAGUGAAGGAAGUGAAUAUGGACAUCACUGAGAAACAGGUUAAUUCAUCUAUGAAAGGAAACACCUAUUCGUUCUUUCUAUUCGAUAGAAGCAUCGGAUUCAAGCUGAGACUAUUUGUUAGAAAAACAGAUGGUGAGAUAUUGUUUGCUCAAGGAGAAGAAGAUUUUGUUGACUUCCUUUUUAGCUUUCUCACUUUCUGUCUUGGCAGCAUAGAUUCUUUAUAUGCAAGCAUAUCUGAUUUGGAUAGAUUUAGGAUGUUCCUAAAUGAAACCUAUACAAGGUUAAAGUUAGUUGAUCCUAAAUCAUCUAAGGAAGGUCAAGAAGGUUAUGCUAAAGGGCCUGCACUGUUCAUGAUUACAAAUGAUUUGGUUAUAGAACCAAUGUCUCAAAUUUCAGCUUUAUCUCUACUCAAUCGUUUCGAAACUCCUCCUAGUAAUGUGACUGAAAAAGAUGUCUUCAUUGGUCUCAUGGAGGGUUUCACCAUAUUGAAAGCAGCUUUGACAAUUGACAUCAACAUCAGCUCUAACAAACAGUCUCAACCACCUUUUCGCCUUCAGUCCGGAUUGGACCUUAAUGAGAAACAUCUAAAUAACUUCCUACAGAAAGAAACAUGUGACUCUGCAUUGAAUUCACAUCUUCCAGCACAGAUUAGAGAGCUUGGGUGA